GUCAUCUACACAAACCCAAACAUAUCAGUGACUCGAACGUGAAAUCCCUGAAUUGUUUCAGCUACUGCAUCUGAGGAAAUUAUUUCGACAAAUUUCAACGUAUUACUCUGACUACGAAAGCUCUGCACUAGUUGUAUACGCGGGACAAAGUACAUGUGUGCCCCGCGAUAGUGGGCCAGUCUAUCGAGUAUCAGCAGCCUCAGAGUCCAGUCCUGACUCUCAAGAGUCAUCAUCAAGAACAACCAUCUACUUCCACUGCGUGGCGCGAUAACAUCUGCACCGCAACUUGUCGUCUUUCAGUAUGGCUGGCGCUUUCCUCACGGUCUGCGCUGCCUCGGCGCCCUCGUGCCCGCUUGAUUUCCAAGGCAACCUGAGGCGGAUCCUCCAGUCUAUCAAGGAGGCUAAGGAGGCCGGGGCAACGCUGAGAUGUGGCAGUGAGCUCGAGAUUUGCGGCUACGGCUGUCUCGAUUUCCAUCUCGAGAGCGACACUGAGAUGCACAGCUGGGAGGUGCUCGGAGAAAUCAUAUCUGAUCCGAUAUGCAAGGAUAUGCUGAUUGACGUGGGGAUGCCUGUUCGAUCUCGCAAUGUCCAGUACAACUGCAGGGUGCUCUGCUCUUACAGUGUCAUAUACGGCAUCAGAGCUAAGCAGGCCAUGGCCAACGAUGGCCUUCACUUUGAAGCGCGCCACUUCAGUGCUUGGGUGAAGGAGAGGCAGGUCGAGCAAUGUACCCUGCCGCUUCACAUACAAAGCAUCACUGGACAGACCACUGCUCCCAUAGGGGAUUUCAUCUUGAGGGCAAGGGACGUCAGCAUCGGUGUCGAGACGUGCGAGGAAAUGUUUGUCCCACGGAAUCCUUCCGUCUUCCAAGGAUUGGCGGGUGCCGAAGUCAUCCUCAACAGCAGUGCCAGUCACGCGGAACUCCGCAAGCUGAAGCAGAGGUUGGACCUAAUCGCCAAUUCUUCCCGCAAGAAUGGCGGCCUGUACAUGUACGUCAACGCAUCCGGCGUUGAUGGCGAGGCGCGGCAGAUGCAUGACGGGAGCUCCCUUAUCAUUCUUAACGGCGAGGUUCUCGCUCAAGGAUCGCAGUUCAGCCUCAAACAGGUCGAAUGCACCGUGGCUACGGUCGACAUUGGUCGCGUACGCAGCUACCGCACCAGCGCAGCGCGCGGCGUACAAGCUGCAGCGCAAGAACUUUAUCCAGAAGUCGAAUGCCCCCUGACGCUGUGUGUCUCGGCCGAGGAAAUUUAUCUGUCGCCUACAAAGACCAUUGCGAAGGAGACCCCGAUACGCAUUCUGGAUCCCAUGGACGAAAUAGCGCUUGCCACAGCCGUCUUCCUCUGGUCAUACUUGGUAAGGACGAACUCGGCUGGCUACUUUUUGGCAUUAUCUGGCGGCCUCGACAGUAGCACAGUGUUGCUCUUCGUCUAUUCCAUGGCAAGGUUGGUUUGCCAGUCGAUAGAGGCCGGCGAAGAAAGCACUCUGCAGGAUCUGCGCAGAGUUGUUGGCAUCGAGGACUACACGCCUCCGAACCCAGAGGAUGUUGUGCGGAGACUUCUCACGACUGCCUACAUGGGAACGUCCAACUCGAGCUCGGAGACGCGUUCGCGCGCAAAGAGACUCGCUGAGAGAUUGGGUGCGUAUCACUUGGAAGUGGAAAUUGACGACAUUGUGGCCGCCGAGGAGAAUUUGAUAGGCCAGGCCUUCAAUGGCUUCAAACCGAAGCACGUCGUCGAGGGGGGCAGCAAUGCUGAAGGCCUCGCAAAGCAGAAUCUGCAGGCACGCACAAGGAUGAUUGUGGCGUAUUCCAUGGCCCAGCUGUCCACACAAGCAAGGUCGCUGCCUCGCGCGGGCACCAGCCUCCUCGUGCUUGCGUCGUCCAACGUUGAAGAGGGCUUGCGAGGUUACUUCACCAAGUACGAUGCAUCAAGCGCGGACAUAAAUCCUCUCGGCAGCAUCAGCAAGAUAGAUAUUAUGGCCUUCCAGAGGCACGUCAUGAAGGCUUGGGACCUCCCUAUACUGCAAGAGUUUAUCUCCGCAACCCCAACCGCGGAGCUCAUCCCAUUGAAGGAGGGCCAAGCAGUACAGACCGACGAGGAAGAGAUGGGACUAACAUAUCGCGAGUUGAGUACCUUUGGAAGACUCAGAAAGGUGCACAAAUGCGGCGCAUGGUCGACAUACCUGAGACUCCUUGCGGACUGGAAGGAGGAGCGCUCUCCGAGAGAAACGGCAGAUACAGUGUGCCGCUUCUUCAAGUGGUGGGCCAUCAACAGGCACAAGAGCACAAUCUUGCCACCCAGCAUACAUCUCGAAUCGUACUCUCCGGACGACAACCGACAUGAUCUUCGUCCGUUCUUGCUCGCGGUCACCUGGCCGUGGCAGUUUCAGAAGAUUUAUGCGCAUGUGGAGGAGCUGGAGAAGGGCUUGCGCAAGAGGGAAGCUGCACAGGCUGGCGCUGCGUGAGGCUUUGAAAGAUACCACGAUCUUGAGAAGACGGCACAGGGGCCCUCUUAAGGAGCUUUAUCUCAGGUAGCCAGUGUAACUUAAAUGUCUGACCGUGGGAUAACAGAACGUUCAAUAUCGAUGCUGACUCGUUUAUUAUCCUGCGACGCAAACUGGUCAGUGAUAUGACCAUGUGACAUCAAGGUCGGACGAGCUAAGGACCACCUUUAAUUUCAUCCCACUGUCAAGGAUCAAUGGAAACAAUAGAAGCGAACAUUUCCCCG